CAAUUGUUUUUUCAUUUGUGAAGUUUUUUUCUCUCUCUUCUCUCUUUUCUCUCUUGUGCGAUCUCUCUCUUCUCACUAUCUUCACACUUUCUUCUAUAACCUUUCUCAAUCUCUUUCUCUCUGUCCUCCUCAUCUCAUCUUCACCAUAAUAUCCACCGCAACUUCCACCACCACCUAUAAAUCAAUAACUCGUCAGUGUGAGGGAGUGGCCGAGUGAGAGAACAUUUGUCGGCGGGAGAGAAGUUCCGGCGAGGAGGAGAGAAUUCCGGCCGAGGAGAGAAGUUUGCGGCAACAUGCGGUGCUUGGCGACGGCGGCGACGAAUCUUCUUUCUCAUUCCUUCUUCUGGUUAGAUCUGUUACUUUCUAUGCUCUAUUUAAUUGCUUUUUUUUUCUGUUGUUUUUUUUUAUGAGAUGGUUACAGAUUGGAGGUGGUGGUGAUGUGUGGUGGUUAUGGUAGAUGGUAACACUGAUGUUUUUUUUUUCCAAUUUAUAGACUGAUGAAUCUACUGCAAUCUGAAAACCCCAACAUUUAACACUUAUUUUUAGUUUUGUAUUAUGUUUAGUUUUGAUCUUGCAUGUUUGAAAUCCUCCAUGAAAUUGGAUCUUUGGAUGUCAAUAAACUCAAAGUGGGCAGCAGAUAUGGCUAUAGGACUUGGUACCGGAGUUCCGUGGAUCAUGUGCAAGCAAGAUGAUGCUCCUAUCCUGUCAUUAACACUUGCAAUGGCUUCUAUUGUGAUUAUUUCUCUCCAAAUACGGCUUACAAACCAAAGAUGUGGACAGAAGCUUGGAAACUAUCAAGAGGUAGUUGAAGUUUCAACUUCCAAAACUGGAAAACAUGGACAUGUUAAGUGUCACUGACAUCUUCACUGGCCAAAAACUUUGUGGUUUGAUAAAGCAGAGAUUAGCAGAGGUUACUCCAAGAGAUUCACAAAGAUUGGCAGUAAAAAAGGACAUUUCCUUAGGUGUUGCAUUGGGCUCUGCUACUCAAAUUGCAAUGAUUGUGGUUCCACUAUGUGUAAUUGUUGCUUGGAUAAUGGGUGUGAAAAUGGACUUGAACUUCAACCUCCUUGAGACAGGUUCUCUUGCUUUGGCAAUUAUUGUCAGUGCCUUCACUUUACAGGUAGAAACUGAGGAUGAGGUACUAUUAUAUUGCUCUAACCUGUUUCUUGUGAUGUAUUCAAGAGGAUGCAGACUUAUUUUCCCAAAGUUGAUCAAUUUUUUCCUAUCAUCAUUUGCUUUUUUGAAUCUUUUGCAAUAGGCUUGGUUUUAAGAAGUAGAUCAAUUUUUGCGGUUUUGGUUUUGUAAAUUAUUUGCUAACCAUUUUACUUUGCUAAUUUGCUAAAUAUAAGGCAGUUUUGUUUUUUUAUACAUUUUUAGAUUGCUCUUCUUUCUCGCACAACAACAACGGCAGCCUCCGACGUAGGUAAGGAUUUCAUAUCCAUUCUAACCUUAAUUUGGUUACCUACUAAUCCUUUAUUUAAUGCAUUCCUAAAUGCCCCCCAAAACACAUUUAAUCGAGCUCAUGUCACAUCACUACAUUAGAUAUGCUUUAAGUAUGUAACUAAGUUAACGAAACACAUUUGUAGAAACAAUCCAAUACUAGAUGUAUCAUUGAGAUAACAAAUUUACUAGACUGGCUCAUAAGUUUUUCUGUUUUAUAGCAAAAAAGGUUUGAAUUUUAGCGCUUGCAAAAGAGAUAACAUUUCUGUUGAACCUGUCAUGAUGGUACAUUAAUCAAAUGAGUUAGUAACAAAAAAUCAAAUAUACUGUCAGCAAACCAAACCAAUAAUGUUUGAUGACAGAUAUCGGUUAAGGAAUAAUGAAUUAGGAUUUAUAUAAAAGUGCUUACAUAUCAUUACCAGAAUUUCACUCAUUCUAUUUUUAGUUGUGCAUUUGACAGCAUGUUGAAGCCAUUUGGGACAAUUUUUGCAUAAC